AUGGGACUCAUUAUCAACAUAAGGCAGACUGCGGUAACCGAAUACGUUCAAGGUAAAUAUACAACGCAAAUGAAAACAAAUAGCACCAAGUUGACGCCACCUAGGUCUUCAACAAAAGACUCAAGAAAACAACCGGCAAAUCCUACUCCCAAGUCGUCUUCAAAGCCGGCUCCCGACCCCACUAGGAUAGUGCCUAAGCCAGUGCCAAAGCCAGUGCCUAAGCCAGUGCCUAAGCCAGUGCCUAAGCCAGUGCCUAAGCCAGUGCCUAAGCCAGUGCCUAAGCCAGUGCCGAAGCCAGUGCCGAAGCCAGUACCGAAGCCAGUGCCGAAGCCAGUGCCGAAGCCAGUGCCGAACCCAGUGCCGAAGCCAGUGCCGAAGCCAGUGCCGAAGCCAGUGCCGAAGCCAGUGCCGAAGCCAGUGCCGAAGCCGACUCUCAAUCCCACACCUGCCACAACAAAAUCAUCUCCUGUUCCACCACUGUCGGACAUGAAACCUCCAAUAACUUCAAGACAGCCGCAGCAGGCCAACAGAGAUAUGGCACGUCCUAUCCAAAGCAACGAAAGCACGAAACCAGCCAGUGCUAGAAAAAAACCCGUCAUUAAACCAAGGGCUGUCCCCAAAUUUCAGCAGCCGGUGGUAGAGGGAGUUGCAGACGAACCUGGCGAUGAAACUGAGGACGGCGACAGUGAGCCGGAGGUAGAGGGAGUUGCAGACGUACCUGGCGAUGAAACUGAGGACGGCGACAGUGAGCCUGUGGUAGCCGCUAAACCUCCUAGAAAGGUGCACAAAACUACCGAUAAGGUAUCUUGGAAUCAGGUCUGGAGAAAUGUCUUGAGAUUUUACUGCUGUCUCUGCUACCCAUAAAAAUCUUGCUGCUACAACCCAGACAAAACCCCCAGAGCGUUAAUGACGAAGCAGAAUAAGAAUCGUUCGAAGAAACCUGUUGUUCUAAAUGAAAAAUUUGGAUUUGAAUAAAAUGCAUUAACACUUGA